AUGUUUUUAUGUGGAGUAAGUAUUUAUUCAAGACAGUCACGUUUCAAGUCGCUGAUGGAUAAUAUCGGAGCAGGUUGUUUGCAAGCAGAUGAAGGUGGUUAGACGUGAGAAAAGCGGGCCGGGCCUGAAAAUUGGACGCGGCCCGAUCGAAAUUUUGCUCAAGGUCGGCCCGGCCCAUUUCUCAUGUCUAAAGGUGGUGCCAGUACUAAAGACAUUUCUGGGUUACGUAAUUAAUUUUUAUAGGAUUUGACAUUUUGCGUUUUCUUUGAAAUUUGAAUAAGCCAGCCCAUACAAGGCGUAAAGAUUUGAGACUAAUCCUUAAUUUCAGCGGUUUCUGCGGUCGGAGGCGGUCGUUAUGAAUUUGGCAAGCGCGUACGCGGCCAUCAGCACCCUGUCCAUACUCACGGUGGACGAUGGCAUGGAACUAUGCGUGGACUUCUACCGCUUCAAGGUGGAGGGAACCACUGCCAAAGCAACAAAGCACGUCCAUUGUCCAGACAACUCAACCGUCCAGGGGAAUUUUGCGUAAGUUGUUUUGGUCAAUCUUUUUUGUGAGUUUAUUUGACCUGUUCAUUAUUGAGUGUUGUCAGUUUUUCUAGUUGUUUACUGCAUAAUUUUGUGUAUGCGUUUUUCUUUUCUUAUUUUAAUUUGAUUUUUAGUGAGUACAAGCUUGACCCGGUAUUGAAGUUGGCAAAGCAUGUCAUCAUGCCGCAAAAUACAGAAAUUGGCACCGUUAUACACGCUGGCGAGCACGUGGUUUCGUAAGUUUUAUGUUUGAGUAUAGAACAUUCGAAUUAUUAAUACUUGACUUUUAUUAUGAAUGGUUUUUAAUAGAAAUUAGGAACCUUAAAAAGCGCAAAACAUAAUUAUUAAUAGAAAACCAUUUUGUUACUUUGCAGGAAGCAGAAACAAGUAGCAUUGUCUUUGAUAACAUCCGGACGUGACGCAACUUUUGUGACUAAUUUUGUCAAACCGCUUGGCGUAAUCCAGGUCAGCACUUCCAAUGGCUACGUGUUGUAUCAAGUAUGCCAAGAUGAUGGGGUCGCUUCGUAUAGACCUAUUGUAGCACCUUCAGACGAUUCUUUCCGAACUUUGAAUCGAAACAACCUUCAACUCUGCGGCCUGACCUUUGGUCACACUCCAGAUGGUCUGAUUUGGGAAAGCCAGGGCCAGUGUCGGAAGUUGGUCGUUGAGGGGAAAUCUGCCAGUUUGAAACCAGAGGCAUGUCCGAAGGUAGAAAAGCUAGUGUUUUCCAUGGUAAGUCUUGAAAGUUUUUUAUUUUUGACCUGUAAAGGAGCUGUUAAAUUAUUUUCUUUCUUGUAAAUUGAUAAAAUUUUAGCUGAAUAAAUCAAAAUUUUCCUCAGGUUGUCUUUAUAGGGCUUGGUUGGUUUAACUUUUUUUGAAAUUUUGAAUUUUAGACAGCGCUGAAGAACCGUGCUGCGUCGGCGAAAGGUGAACUGCCUGACGCCGAAGUCAACACAACUUCGGCAGUGCUGUACCUUAGGUAAGUUUUCCACGAUGUAAUUUAUUCUACUUUUGAAGAUUUUAGAGAUUUCGUGCAAUUUUUAUUUUUGUCGAGUUUUUUUGCAUUUUAUCACAAAAGUUUUACUGUCUAACUGAGGUUAGGUUUCUUUGUCAGUUUUAUAUUUUUAUUUUAUGUGUAGAAUUCCUUAAAUUGGAACGUUUUUUAAAAAUUUUAUAGGCCUAAGCCAGUUACCACCACCACCACGCCCGAGCCUACCACAGAAGUCUCCGAAACGGCUGUUUCCAGUUCAACCACAGAAGGUGAAGUGUAAGUGUUUAUGGCAUUCUUUGGUCUAUGCUUUGAAAAUUCCACGCUGAGACGGAGUAGUUAACUUUUUUUGAUUUUUUUAGAAAAUCUAGCAUCAGAAUAUAAUCUUUUUGUUAAACAUUUAAUUAAGGUUUAGUUUUACUCUGACAUUUUCGUUUUAGCACCUCCACCGUACCUCUAGAACCUUGGGUGAUUGUUUUCAUUUGCGUUGUUGUUGGGAUCGCCUUCGGAGUGCUGAUUGGACUAGGAGUGUAUUACAAGAUAAAGGGCAAGAGAACUGGCAGAAAGAGCAAGAAAAGAGAGAGGAAACCGUGGAUCCCAUCGUCAAACACCAAGUCCAACAUAACAUCGAACAUAAAAUCGAACCUAACAUCGAACAUACCAGCGAACGUACCAUCGAGCCCAACGCCGGAGGAAAAACCGCAGGUCAUCAUAACUCGCGGGGGCGACUUGGUUUCUCCAGAAAAAGUUGACGAAAAUGGAAAGGUUAUCCCUGGUCAUGUUUCCCCAACCUAUUAUGCCAACUGGCCGGUGAAGGAACACCCGUCCCAACUAGGAUCCGUCUAA